AAAGAACUGGGAUUUGUUCCUGCGUUAAAAGGGCCAAUCAUCGUUCUUCUUGAGCGAGGCAGAAGGAUUCUGUUUGAUAGAGUUGGAAGGAUUGUGAUGGGAUUCUGAGGAAACUGGGCUUGCGUAAAGAUGGUAUGAUCACGGUUGAUAGACGCGGGAAGAGGUGAGAUGCCUAGACAUGAAGUGGGCGGGCGUCAGCGCCUCCCUAGCAGCUGCGUGCAUCAGAAGAUGAUAGUCGUGCAGGAAACUUAGGAAAGGUACUUCCACUGUUUGUACCUUUUCCAGUCAGCCUUCCUGAGAAUCAGGCGAUAUCAACGACCAGUUGUGAAUAAGGCAUUACAUAUCUGAAGCUUUACCAGAGAGCCUCGAUCACUAUGACUUUCACAAAACUGCGCUUCUAAGUCCGGAACUAGAAGAAAAACAAGAGAACAUGUCAAACUCUACAGGCUUUAUCGCCGAUUUACCUGGCCUUUUCACAGACAUACCAGGCUUUGUUGCUGAUAUCCCCUCUCGGAUUGACUUUACAUCUAUACCCGUUAUUUUAUCUUCCACUGUUGCUGUCCUUGCUUUCACGUCCUUCGUCAAAUAUGUCGCUGAGAGACAGCAAGAAAAGGCAAUGGGCUUCGGCCACGUCCCAACUCUUUGGCAAUUGGAUCCAUUCUAUGGAUUUGACGCCUUCGUUGCUAUGCUACUAGCUCUGAAGAACAACCGCUACGUCCCAUGGCUUGACAGCUUACACGCCAAGAUGCCCAAGACUUUUGCUCUCACCUUCCUUGGUGGGCGUCAGAUUUGGACUAUUGAACCUGAGAACCUCAAGACUGUGGCCAACAAUCUUGCAGAUUUUCAAGUCGGUCCAAUUCGCUACAACAGCAAAGCUGGACAGCCCUUCGCUGAGAAAGGCAUCGUCGGCGCUGAUGGCAAAGACUGGGAAUUUGCUCGCGCGCUUGUCAAGCCAUUCUUCAUGCGAGAGUGGUAUGCCAAUACUGAGCGCAUGGAGCCUUUUGCUGAGAGAUUCUUUGCGGGCAUUCCUGCUGAUGGCGAGACUUUUGAUAUGUUUCCGCAUUUGCGAACCUGGUCGUUGAAUCUCAACCUCCAAUUCCUUUUUGGUGAUUACUCAGAUAUUGUUACUGAGGAAGAGACCAAUAAUACCACUGAUGCUUUCAUCACUGGUUUGGCAUAUGCACGAAUUCGCCUUCUCUUGCACCGCGUUCUCUGGCUCUUCCCGUGGAAGACAUGGUACAAGGUUGUUGGUACAAUUCACAGUUAUGUCAACAAGCAUAUUGCCAAGGCACGUGCUGAACUCAAAGAGCGCGAGGAGCGCAUCAGCAAGGGUCUUCCUGUUGGGCCGGAGAGACGGGACGUCUGCUGGCACAUGGUUCGGGAGUUACCGAAUGACGAUGAAGUCAGAUCUCAUCUCUGCUUGCUCUUUGUACCCAACAACGAGACUACUCUGAUUUUCCUGUCCAAUGUAAUGUGGAAUUUGGCCAGGCAGCCUGAAAUCUGGGAGCGACUACGUCAAGAGGUGAAGGGCAAGGAAUUGAACUUCAACAGUCUCCGCGGCAUGAAGCUUCUGCAAAACGUCCUCACAGAAGCUCAUCGCAUCACCCCUGUCGGUCUCUUCAUCGCCCGCGCCGCAGUCCGCGACACCACCCUCCCCCGUGGUGGCGGUCCAAAAGGCGACCAGCCCGUGCGCGUACGCAAGGGUAACAUUGUGCAGAUCAACAAGGCGGUCAUGUACAAAGACCCAGACUACUGGGGCGAUGACGCCUUGGAGUUCAACCCGGACCGCUUUGAUAAGAUGCGUCCGGGGCUGAGUCUUACACCGUACAACACCGGGCCAAGACGAUGUCCUGGUGAGAUGAUGACUAUGAAUGAGUGUGGGUAUAUGGUUGCUCGUAUGGCGCAGACUUACAAGAGGUUAGAGUGUAGGGAUCCGACGCCGUUUGUGGGUGUUUUCCGUAUUGGGCAGUUGAAUAAGAAUGGAUGUCAGGUUGCUGUGUACAGAGAGUAG